CGUCUGGGACAAGUGGCCGACCGCUGGGACCAGGUGUGUGCCGAGGCGCGCGUGGAGAGACAGGAGCUGCUGGCCAGGAAGGUACGACUCCAGCACCAGCUCAUCCAGGCGCAGGACAAGCGCGCCGAGCUCAGACGUCACGACGAGGAGGAGGCCAGGCGACAGAUACGGGAGGAUGAGCGCAAGGCCAAAGAGGAAAAACUUGCAGGCUUGCAUGACAAAUUUAAACUGUCCUUAGCCGGUGAUCGUCAGCAGCAGAAUGCCGCCAAGCCUGGCAAUGAAGAAGAGGCUGGCUCUGCCCCCAGCACUCCGUCCACCGACUCCUCGGGAGGUCGCGGCAGGGACAAGAGCCGCAGACCGGCCCACAAGGGCUACAUGCCCUCCGACUCGUACGCUCCAGCCACCUCCCCGAUGAAGGAGCUAGAGGACGAGGAAGAGGAAGCGGAGGAGGGCGAGGGGAAGCAGGGCAAGAGGUACCUGGUGGACAGUGGCGUGGUCACUCCGGCCGACCUCAACGCCGUCCCCUGGCACCACGCCCAACUCUACAAGAUGUACGGCAGGAACGCCGACUACUACAUCCACCCCAAGAUGCAGCCUGAGAAGAAGAAAGUGGUCAAUCCCACGCUCAAAGGCCAGAAAGUGAGAAAAAUGGGUCACAUGGGGGCCAGUCACAUCUGGACCACGCUGCGGAACGACUCUAUGUCCAAGCUCUACCGCACUGACCGCAGGUUCCCUCAGGAGCUUAAAGAUGCCUUCAGCUCCCAUGUGAGGGAGGGAAUCAACAGACACCAGAGGCCAGUCUUCAGGAACUUCACAGAGACGGAUGAUGUUCCGGACCUGAACCGUCUGUUGGAUCAGUCGCUGCUGAGGCGGGUUCGAGUCCUGCGGCACAAGACAGAGCUGAUGUACCGGUCCUCCCAGACCAACAACGACCGCACCAAAGUGCUGCUGUUCAACAGCCCGCUGCCCACCGUGUCGGACGGCGAUGAGGAUGGGAUACAGAAGUACCUGCCCUCGUGGGAUGACUCAGCAUCAGAAAGCACAGAAGCCACGUACAGGAGAUGGCUGAAGCCGUCACCGCGAGAUUUCAAUGAUGAGGAGGAGGAGGGGACAGACGUGGAAGCAUCGCAAGAGGAGUUGCCCAAGGGGAAAAGACAGCACCCAAUGUCUGUGCUGAGCCCGCUGGGGUCUGACAUCAGUGACGGCUUACAGAACAUCUGGCACACCAUCAUGGCCCGCAACAAGCCCAGACCCUCACCCAGGCUCCACUUUUUGACAGAGGAGGAGGCCAAAUCUGAAGGAGCCUUCCUGGAGAAACUGGGACUGGACAAAGAAAAGCUUGACCUGGGUCGCGUGGAUCUCCUGCCAGGCAGUCCCGGCCAGGUACAGCACUCUCUGCCCAGCAUCAAGGCUCACUCGGCCCAGGAGUCUCGGACAACCCAUCACCCCAUUGCAGGUGCCCUGGGCAACCGCUAUGACGUGGCCACUGCACCGAGCCCAGCCUCUCGCUUCCAGUCCAGCUGGCAGCCACUGAGCAUGCAGGCUCUGAUGGAGUACAAGGACCACAUGGCCACAGAGGGACAGGGAGAGUUCCAGCAGGGCCGGCCACGUAUGUGGAACUCUGUCGUUGCGGGAACGGAAUAGGAGGUGGAGCUGCUCACUGCAUUUUGAGUUUUCGACAAGCUUCAAUGUUGUUUGUUCCAAGGGGGUCAGAGAUGGUCACUCGUGAAAUGACUGACGAGUGGAGUCAGUUAAUGUCACUUUGUGUGGUAUGAGCUUUCAGUUCGAAUUGAUGCAAAACCGUAAGCUACUAAGCUGUCACUUUAACUUCCACUUAAAGUCAUGAGGAAAAAGUCACAAGGAACUCAAGGAAAAUGUCCUUCAAAUUGUUCAAAAUGGAUUUCUAAACUUUUGAACACUUUAUAUGUAUGUCCAUCAGGGUUUACACUUUUGGAAAUGUUCACAGAUCUGUAAUCGCCAACAGAUUGUAUUGAAGUUACAAAACUCUUUUUGGAUACUAUCGACAAACAGUUAAUGGAAAUUGUGUACAGUCUCAAGGUCCACCGAAAUUAAUGGAUUUGUCUGUAUUCUACAUUGUUCCUGUACUUUUGUUACAUUUUCUAAUAAUUGUGAUAAUUUAUUUUUGCUUUGUGAAUUGAAACAUUACAAUUGCAAAUCUUCUAUUGGAUGUUUGUACACCCAUAUGGAAUUUUCGUAAAUUUUGUUUGAUCUUGGGAUUUACAAAAUCAAAUAUAUGUGCGCAAUUUAUACAACAGAAAACCACUGUGAUAUGUAUUAUAAAAGCAUAUUUUAUUUAUCAACUAUAAUGUGUUUACUUUUUUCUCUCUGUCCUCUUGCCCUGACUUUACACAGGCUGUUGUACGUUGUCCGUUAGUUGUCCAAAAUUAAGACAGUAUUUGAAUAAUUUUUUCGCUGCUCCUCUAGUAACAGAGCACCAUGAAUCACAAUGAUGUGAACAUAGCUUUUGGAGCUCAUGUCUCCCGUAGUUACUGCUGAUUGAAAAUGACAAAGUUGGUUUCAAAUUCUUUUUUUAAAUAUUUGGUUGAUGUUCCUAUUGAUUUUUAUUAAAAAUCUGACACCAAAAUAAGUGACAUGUGCAGGAAGGCACACUAAAAACAGUGCAAAGUUCACUACAUUUAUCAAAACUCAAAACUUUUUCUACUGCUUUAAAUCUUUAUCCGUUACCUAAAUCUUACUUAUACAUUCUGGAAGAUGGGCAACAAACUGGUUGCUCUGCCUUUGUAGUUUAUACACAAAAUUUCUUUGUUAAUUGUCUAUUCCAAAAACUGUGCCACUUCUGCUCAUGUUACGCUCUCAGAAAUAUUUCUCCAAUAUUCCCUGUUAUGAUUAAUUCCUCUCCUUGUCCUAUUGUCUGUACGCAUGUCUGCAAUCAGAAAUCCGUCCAGUGCGGUGGCCAGUCUGCCCAGGCUGGAUCUGCCGCACGCUUGCACUGAUUCCUGGUGCUAGUGGAUACCAGAGUUGAACAGACUUGAGCGCGUGAACCGUUUUUGCUUGUGUGGGUGUCUGUGUGUACCUCUAUUUGAUGUGCGUGUCUGUAGGAUUGAGUGUGUUUGUGUAUGUCUGUUUGUGUGUGUGUGUGUGUCAGUGCGUGUGUCAGUUUUUAUAUGUUUUCGUGGAUGGAUGGACUGUUAGAACUGUUCACUCUAUCUAUGCAUGCCUCCUUCGUUGAGAAUUGAGCCUUGUCUCAUGUGCCACCUUGUCGCUCUGUGGAAAUUUCCUGUUAAUGUUUAACCCUCUUGCCUUUGAUUUGUGUAGUGGCAUAGAAUGCAACAACAGAUCUCUUUCGGUUUGUUUGAUGGUAAGUUUGAGGAAAACUUGGAAGACUUUUUUUUGUGUGUGUGAAAAAAUGUGAAUGAAUGAAAGCUGUGGUGCUAUCCUUUUGUGAAGUUGUUGUAUUAUUGUUUAUUUCCUUGUCUUUGAUACCACUUCGGUCUCAGGUUUUUUGCUUGAUUUUAAUGGGAAUGGGAGGGAGAAUUUUUUUUCUAGCUUAGUUUAGUUUCUAGCUCGUCUUCAGCUUAUGCUUUUUUAAAAUCGCUCUUGCAUUGGUUAAACAGUUUUUGAAUUUUUUUUUUUUAUAUAGGCUAUCUGUGUAUCUGUUAUAAUUUUAUACUGAAUAAAUUUUCACACAAUCUUUC